AUGACAGCACUCGAUGAUAGUGAGUUUGACCUCUUUGGAGAGAUCACCGCAGAAGAGAAAUCAGCUCUUCAAGAAAGGACCCAAAAGUUCCAACAUGACCAACAAUGUAUGAUUGCAAGCCUCGAUCAUGAUCCUCGAAAACGCACAAUGGCAGAAAACAGACUUAUAUUCCACCACAAACGACAUUCCCAGUUCACCGUACCAAACCGUCUCCGUCGACUCUUUUCUCUCGAGGAAUGCAAUCGGAUCCUGGAGGGUUGUAAGGAAAUGAGCUGCUCAGACUGGAAUACUGCUCGACAUUCGGCAUUUGCAACUACUGACAUUCCGAUACGAAACAGUCGGUUUGAUUACCUGAUCGAUCAAGUGCGUGAUCGCCUGAUUCCUGUCAUGGCAAACCACUAUGGAUUCCACCCCACACGUGAUCUUGAGUUCCGAGACAUAUUUGUAGUCAAGUACAGUGCAGACGCACAAGCCGGCCUGAAGCUUCAUACUGACGGCUGUCUGCUUUCUUUUAAUGUGCUCAUAAACCCAAAGGACGAGUUUGAUGGUGGGGGUACUUACUUCCAACCAACCGACCAGACCAUGGCUUCAGAACAAGGAGAUUGUGUAUUCCAUGGUGCCCACAUAAUGCAUCGUGGUGUGGAUAUCACCCGAGGCCAGAGGUAUCUGCUGGUCGGGUUUGUUGACACUGUUGAUACAAUUGAAAAAGACGGGACUGGAUCUAUCAAGAGAAUAUAA